AUGGUCUGCCACAACAGCAAGGGAACACCCAAAACAGUUAGGCUAACCAAAUUCUGGUCCACACCAUUCGUUGGGUACGACCUAGUAUUAGGGUAUCUAUGGCUGGCCGAGGCAGACCCAUGUAUCCGUUUCUCCACAGGAACCUACAAGUGGUUCACUGACAACGUCGAGAGAGUCCAGCUGGUGACCGCCGAACAAUUGUUCAGUGAUCUGGAGCCAGGCGAGCAGCCAUACCUGCUACAGCCCGAGAGUCUGGGCAUGGGUGGUCCAGCAGACGUCCAUCGGACGGACGCCGGACAGACGCCGGACGCGCCCCUCGCCGAAUGGUCAAGGAUUAUGGCAGUGGGAAUCGACGGCGGCCCCAUCCCAGAAGAUGACGCCCCAGAUAUGGAGGAGCUCAAGUAUGUGCCAGAGCACCUCCAUCACAAGUGGUUUGCCUUCAGCAAACGGCAGACGAGUGUGUUGGCACCACACCAGGAGUAUAAUCACUCUAUAGAUAUCAAGGCUAGUGCCAAGGUUCCCAACCUCCCAAUCUAUAACCUGUCCCGCCGAGAGCUGGAUAUACUCCGGGAAUACCUUAAGGCGGCACAGGAGAAGGGCUGGAUCCGCCCAAGCAAGUCGCCGGCGGGAGCCCCCAUCCUGUUCGUCCCCAAACCCGAUGGUACUAUGAGACUGUGCGUCGAUUACUGGGGAUUGAACAAGAUAACCAUCAAGAACCGGUAUCCUAUCCUACUGGUGAGCGAAAUAAUGGAUCAACUGUUAAAAGCGAAGGUCUUUACUAAGCUGGAUCUACGUGACGCCUAUCACAGGCUCCAGAUCAAGGAGGGCGAUAAGUAG